GCCAUUGAAUGGAAGCACCACCAUGAAAAACCAAUCCAAUGAUCACCGAACAAGAUGAUGAAUCUUCAGCAUCGCUGGAUGGCAGCAGCUAUCAGCUCCACGAUCUCGACUCAAUCGAGUUCCUGCCCAGCCUCGUGGAGAUCGAUUUAACAGCCAAUCGAUUGAAUAAGUUAGAUUCACGUAUCUCUAAUUUAUCUCAUCUCAAAAAGCUUUCUCUUCGUCAAAAUCUCUUCGAUGAUGCCGGUGUUCAACCUCUUUCCAGCUGGACCUCCAUUUCCGCCCUCGAGGAGUUAGUUCUCAGGGAUAACCAGCUGAAGUCUAUUCCCGAUGUCAGCAUAUUUGAAACCCUUUUGGUAUUUGAUGUUUCCUUCAAUGAAAUAUCAUCGAUGAGUGGACUGUCCAAGGCAUCAAACACACUCAAGGAACUCUAUGUCUCUAAAAAUGAAGUUACCAAGAUUGAGGAGAUUGAGCACUUCUCUGAAUUGCAAAUUCGUGAACUUGGUUCCAACAGAUUACGGGUGAUGGAGAAUCUGCAGAACUUGACCAAGUUACAGGAGCUAUGGUUAGGUCGCAAUCGUAUAAAGUCCAUCAACUUAUGUGGAUUAAAAUGCAUCAAGAAGCUCAGUUUGCAAAGCAAUCGGCUAACUUCUAUGAAAGGGCUAGAGGAAUAUACCGCCCUAGAAGAACUAUACUUGAGCCAUAAUGGUAUAGCGAAAAUGGAAGGCCUAUCGAGGUUGGCAAACCUGCGGGUUUUGGAUGUUUCUUCAAAUAAACUUGCAGCAAUCGAGGAUAUCGAGAAACUGACAUGCUUAGAAGAUCUAUGGUUUAAUGACUACCAGCUAGCAUCUUUAGAUGGCAUUGCUGAAGCCGUUUCUGGUUCUAGAGAGAAGCUCACCACUAUCUACCUUGAGCACAAUUUAUGUCAAAUAGCAAUCUGAAUUUUUGAUAAAAUGGAUUAUCCGUUGUCCCUUGAGAAGUUGUCGCCAAAGUCCGUGGAUGAAGAAGAUGGUUCAUCACGUUCGAA